GUCUCUUUCAAACACCGGUCUGACGGGAUCCAUUCCCAGUGACAUUUACUGGCUUUCUCAGCUCUCUUAUCUGUCUCUUUCAUACAGCAGUUUAAUGGGAUCCAUUCCCAGUAACAUCUACGGGCUUCCUCAGCUCUUUUAUCUGUCUCUUUCAAACACCGCUUUGACUGGAUCCAUUCCCAGUACCAUUCGCUGGCUUGAUGAUCUCACUUAUCUGUCUCUUUCAUACAACGGUUUGACAGGCUCCAUUCCCACUGUCAUCGGCAGGCUUACUCGGCUCUCUUAUCUGACUCUUUCAAACAACAGAUUGACGGGCUCCAUUCCCAGUGACAUAUUCACGCUUCCUCAGCUCACCUAUCUGUCUCUUACAAACAACAAAUUGAAUGGUUCCAUUCCCAACAGCAUCUCCAAGCUUUCUCAGGUCACCUUUCUGUCUCUUUCAAACAACAACUUGACGGGUCCCAUUCCCAACGGCACCUCCAUGCUUCCACAGCUCAUUAAUCUGCGUAUACAAGGAAAUCGCCUGAAUGGAUCUAUUCCAUCAUCUCUCAGCCGCUUGAUCAACCUGGUUAACCUGGAUCUCUCAUCCAAUGCCCUGAGUGGCCCCAUGUUCACCAACUUCGCCUUCCUUGAUGGCCUCACCUCUCUAAACCUCUUUGAUAACAACCUUAGUGGGGAGAUUUCGUCUGAGAUGGGAGGCCUCACUAAAUUGAAGUACUUAAACAUCUCUGGCACCAACCUCACAUGCCCACCCGACAACUCCACCUGUGGCGUAAAACAAUCUCCCAAAACUUCAUUUUGCCGCACGUGUAGACCCUUCUGCAAUACUUGCACCAACCAAUCCGCAGAAAUCAGCAAAGGCAGCAGCGGCAGCAGCACCACCAGUUUCAGCAACAGCGAUUCUCCUUCAACAGGGGAUGGAGGUGGAAUGUCAGUGGGAGUCAUUAUUGGCAUUGUUGUUGCUGCUGUGGUCCUUCUCCUGCUUCUGGGCGCCACUCUGCUUUACGUCCGGCGCAGGAAGGGCGCGGAUGGCAGCCUGGCAGCCUCGCACUGUACGGAGUUCUCAAUAGAGGAGGUCGUCAAGGCCACCAAUGACUGGGCAAAAGACAACCAGCUGGGCUCGGGUGCCUUUGGCGAUGUGUACAAGGGCGUGUCUCCCCGCGAUGGCACCACCUUGUGGGCUGUGAAGCGCGCCAGGCUGAUCGAUGUGGACUUCCAAAGGGAGAUCCAGCAGAUGGCCGACAAGAACCAUCCCAGCAUUGUGAGGCUUCUUGGGUUUGCGAUCGGAGGCGACUUGAGGUCACGGCCGGAGCAAGUUCUCAUCUAUGAAUACGUGCCCAAUGGCGACCUUCGCGAAUGGAUUGAUCCAAAUGCCGAGCGCCCGCUGACUCUGAAGCAGCGGCUGGACAUUCUGAUCGGCUUGGGACGGGGCUUGGAGUACCUCCACAGCUUUGGCAUCGUGCAUCGCGACAUCAAUCCUGGCAAUGUCCUCAUCACCGACGACAUGCAGGCAAAGAUUGCAGACUUUGGGCUGGUGAGGAUGGAAAAGGGCACUUCUGUAAGCACGACGCGUGUCAUGGGCACACCGGGCUAUGUGGAUCCGGCCUACUUCAGCACAUGCAAGGCUACCACUGCCAGUGAUGUGUACAGCUUUGGAGUGCUCAUGCUGGUCGUGUUUACGGGACGCCCACCAUUCGUGGAGGCUGAUGGAGAGGGCCAGCUGAUCACAAAAUGGGCAUCCAACUGCCUCUCCUCGGAGGACUUGGGCAGCCUCAACCACCCCACCAUGGACGCCCCUGCAGACGCUGUGCUGCGUGUGGCACGGCUCGCCCUCUCCUGCACUGCAGAUCGCUCUGCAACCCGCCCAAGCAUGGCACACGUCGCCAACGAGCUGCAGGCCAUCCGGGAGGAGGUGGUGGGGAAAGAGGAGCUGAGCGCGGCUGUCAAAGUGGAUGCACAGGUCCAAGAAAAGGAGGUGGUUGCCAAUGUGUUAAGCUUUGACGAGCAGCUUCAGAUUAUUGAAGACAACUUGGCUGAAGGAUAA